CAAAUAAUUCAUACAGGCGAGAAACCCUAUCAGUGCUUAGAAUGUAGGAAAAGCUUUAAUACAAGCAAAACCUUCCGUAAACACCAGAGAAUGCACAGGGGGGAGAAGCCAUUUCAAUGCCGAGAGUGUGGAAAGAGCUUCAGUCAGAGAACCCAUCUCACAGCCCAUCAAAUAAUUCAUACAGGUGAGAAACCCUAUCAGUGCUCGGAAUGUGGGCGGAGCUUCAAUCACAGGACGACUCUCAUGGUCCAUCAAAGGAUUCACAGUGGUGAGAAACCCUAUCAGUGCUCAGAAUGUGGAAAGAGUUUCACUGUGAGCUCCCAUCUCACUUACCACCAAAGAAUUCAUACCGGGGAGAAACCAUGUCAAUGUGUGAAUUGUGGAAAGGGCUUCACCCAAAAGGUAAGUCUCACUUCCCAUCAAAGAAUUCACAGUGGUGAAAAACCUUAUCAAUGCAUGGAAUGUGGGAAGAGCUUCAGUCUGAAGCAAAGUCUCACUUCCCACCAAAGCAUUCAUACCGGGGAGAAACCCUAUCGAUGCUUGGAUUGUGGAAAGAGUUUCUGCCAGAGAGCCGAUCUCACUUCCCACCAAAGAAUUCACACAGGAGAGAAACCAUAUCAGUGCUUGGAAUGUGGGAAGAGUUUCCGCCAGAAAGUCAACCUCAUUUCCCACCAAAGAAUUCACACAGGGGAGAAACCCUAUAAGUGCUUGGAAUGUGGAAAGAGCUUCAGUCAUAAGCAAAGUCUCCCUUCCCAUCAAAGAAUUCACAGUGGUGAGAAACCUUAUCAGUGCUUGGAAUGUGGAAAGGGCUUCGGUAAGAGGACCAAGCUCAUGGCCCAUCAACGAACUCACAGUGGUGAGAAACCCUAUCAAUACUUGGAUUGUGGAAAGAGUUUCAGCCAAAGGGCCAAUCUAACUUGCCAUGAAAGAAUUCACACAGGGGAGAAACCAUAUCACUGCUUGGAAUGUGGGAAGAGCUUCAACCAGAAGCAAAGUCUCACUUCCCACCAAAGAAUUCACACAGGGGAGAAAUCUUAUCAGUGCUUGGAAUGUGGACAGAGCUUUGGUAAGAGGACCAAGCUCAUGGCUCACCAAAGAAUUCACAGUGGUGAGAAACCCUAUCAAUGUGUGAAAUGUGGAAAGAGUUUCUGCCAGAAAGCCCAUCUCACUUCCCACCAAAGAAUUCACACAGGGGAGAAACCAUAUCAGUGCUUGGAAUGUGGGAAGAGCUUCAGUAAGAGGACCAACCUCACUUCCCACCAAAGAAUUCACAGUGGUGAGAAACCAUAUCAGUGCUUGGAAUGUGGAAAGAGCUUCAGUAAGAGGACCAACCUCAUGGCCCAUCAAAGAAUCCACACUGGGGAGAAACCCUAUCAGUGCUUGGAAUGUGGGAAGAGCUUCAGUAAGAAGACCAACCUCACUUCCCACCAAAGAAUUCACAGUGGUGAGAAACCAUAUCAGUGCUUGGAAUGUGGGAAGAGCUUCAGUAAGAGGACUAACCUCAUGGCCCAUCAAAGAGUUCAUACAGGGGAGAAUCAUAGAAUUUUAGACCUGCAGGAGACUUCUGGGUCGUCUAGUCCACUGCAGGACUCUCAACUAAAGCUUCCAUGACAUAUUGCCUUCAAACUUCUCCUUACAAACCUCCAAGGAAGGAGAGUACACAAGCUACCAAGGGCGUCUCUAAUUUGAAGCCAUU